UUAAAUAUAUUAAUUAUAUUAUAUAGAAUAAAAAACAAUAAGAAAAAAACUAAUUUUAUAAUUAUUCGAAAGUUGAAAUUGUUAAAAGAAAAAAUUCUCUUCAUUCAUUUUGUUUAUAAAAUAGUCAAAGAAAUGAAAAUAAUAAUAUAGAAUAAAAUAUUGAAAAUUAAUAAUUAAUAUUAUCUAUCGUAUGACAAAACCAGUUAAGAUCUAAAUAAGUUAUAUUAUACUAGAAUAAACAAUCUAACAAUAAAUAAUAUACGAAAAACAAACAAACUUAUUAUUAUUUCAUUAUCUACAUAAAAUAUAAAAUUAUUUAUCUUAAUAAAUAUUGAAAUUUAAAGUUUUAUUUUUUACUAAAUAAUAAUUGAUAUUGAUUUAAUAUUUGAUCUUAAGAAAUAAUAUGAAAAAUUUUCAUUAUUAUUUAUGAUAAAAUAUUAUUUUUCAUUAUUUAUACAUAAAAUCCUAAAUUAAUUGUUUCAUAUUUAAAUUCAAUAAUUCAAUAUAUUAGAAAUAUUUCAAAAAUAAAUUUAUUUGAUUAACAUCAUAUUCAAUUAUUAACAAAAAAGAAAAAUAUUAUCUUUUUUAUAAAUUAUACAAUAAUUGUUAUUCUCAUAUAUAAUAGUUCUCUUCUUCUUAUUUUUUUUUUCUUUUUAUUAUUAGCAUUUAAUUUGUUUAAUUCUUCAAACAUUGGGUAUUAUUGCAUUGAAUCCUGAUUUUCAUGAAGUUUUAACUCAAGCAGAUAUUCCUGAUACUGUUUUACAUUUAAUAUUACCAGCUGAUGAAAUGUUUUAUACAAAUCAAACAACUAAAUUUGCUCGUUAUGUUAAACAUCUAGGAGCACGAAUACUUGUUUAUAUGGGUUUAUUAACUAAAGUUAACCAUAAAGUUAAUCUAUUUGAUAUACUUGAUAUUGAACCAGAAAAUAUUGAUUGUGAAAAACCUCAAUCAUUUGAAAAUAAUUUUGUUCAUCAUAUGGCUAUUGGUGAAACAGUUGUUGGUACAUUAUGGACAUCAUUUGAUGGUAUUUCAAUUGAAAAAUUACUUGAUGAAUUACUUAAAAAUGGAAUAAAUCAAAAAAAAAGUUCAUUAUCAAAAGAAGAAGAAGAUACAUAUCAAGGUCUAACAAGUCAAACAUCAUCAUCAACAAUGAUUUAUUCAAAUGAUAAUCUUCUUUAUAAUCUAUCUUAUUUAUC